CCGUUUUGACCGCCUCGGCCGAUCAUCCCAGGCUGCCUUUCCUUUUUUUUUUUUCUUGGGUCCUCGUUGGCAGCCACGGGGGGAGGAAGAGGAGGGACAGGUACAAGGCACCAGCUGGCGGUGACCUCCUCAGCCCUUGAUGGAGAAGGGAAGCUGUUAGCAGGGGCAGCGGCGCCAGACCUGGAGGAGAGCAGCGGAGGUGGCGGAGGUGUCCGCGGAGCUGGAUCAUAAAACAGACGAGCUCGACAAAUAGAGCCCGUUCACGUUAUUGGCACUGCGGAGACCUGCAGGUCGGCCCCGUCCCCGGGCAUUAAAGAAGGCACCCCGAGGUGCUAAGAAGACAGCACCAUGGCAGGGGCCUCUGUGAAGGUGGCGGUGCGGGUCCGCCCCUUCAAUUCAAGGGAGAUUGAAAAAGAAAGCAAACUGAUCAUUCAGAUGUCUGGAAACACCACCACCAUCAUCAACCCCAAGCAGGCCAAAGACAACAAGAGCUUCAACUUUGAUUACUCCUACUGGUCUCACACCUCGCCCGAGGAUGUCAAUUAUGCAUCUCAGAUGCAAGUGUACAAAGACAUCGGAGAGGAAAUGUUGCUUCAUGCCUUUGAAGGCUACAACGUCUGCAUCUUUGCUUACGGUCAGACGGGUGCUGGCAAGUCCUACACCAUGAUGGGGAAACAGGAUGUGAAGGAUCAACAAGGAAUCAUUCCCCUGCUGUGUGAAGAUCUUUUUACGAAGAUCAAUGAUAAUACAAACAACAGCAUGUCCUACUCUGUGGAGGUAAGCUAUAUGGAAAUCUACUGUGAGCGCGUGCGGGACUUGCUGAACCCCAAAAACAAAGGGCACCUGCGGGUGCGAGAGCAUCCUCUGAUGGGGCCUUACGUGGAGGACCUGUCCAAGCUGGCCGUCACCUCCUACAAUGACAUCCAGGACCUGAUGGAUUCUGGCAACAAGGCCAGGACGGUGGCCGCCACCAACAUGAAUGAGACGAGCAGUCGCUCGCACGCCGUCUUCAACAUCAUAUUCACCCAGAAACGGCACGAUGCAGAGAUGGAUAACACCUCUGAGAAGGUCAGUAAAAUCAGUUUGGUGGAUUUGGCUGGCAGCGAGAGAGCCGAUUCUACCGGAGCCAAAGGGACCAGGCUAAAGGAAGGAGCAAAUAUCAACAAAUCUCUGACCACGCUGGGGAAGGUCAUCUCUGCUUUGGCAGAAGUGGACUCUGGGCCGAAUAAGAAUAAAAAGAAGAAAAAAGCAGAAAGUUUCAUUCCAUACCGAGAUUCAGUUUUGACUUGGCUGCUGAGAGAGAAUCUGGGGGGGAAUUCUCGCACUGCAAUGGUUGCUGCCCUGAGUCCAGCCGAUAUCAACUACGAUGAGACCCUCAGCACGCUCAGGUACGCUGACCGUGCCAAACAGAUUCGCUGUAACGCCGUCAUCAACGAGGAUCCCAACAACCGAUUGGUGCGCGAGCUGAAGGAGGAGGUGUCUCGCCUGAAAGAGCUGCUCUAUGCUCAGGGCCUGGGUGACAUCAUUGAGAACGUGUCCGAUUACAAGAACAAUAACAAUAAAGGCCAAGCUGUGAAUCAAAGGGAUGAUCUCUCCACAGUGACCAAUGCCAUGACGGGGAUGAGCCCCUCUCCGUCUCUCUCGGCCUUGUCCAGCCGAGCCGGCUCUAUCGCCAGUCUGCACGAUCGCAUCAUGUUCAGCCCGGGCAGCGAGGAGGCCAUCGAGAGGCUGAAGGAAACAGAGAAAAUCAUCGCUGAGCUCAAUGAGACCUGGGAAGAGAAACUCCGCAGAACAGAAGCCAUUAGAAUGGAAAGAGAGGCCCUGCUGGCUGAAAUGGGCGUAGCUAUGCGAGAAGAUGGUGGAACGGUUGGUGUGUUCUCUCCAAAGAAGACACCUCAUUUGGUGAACCUCAACGAGGAUCCUCUGAUGUCCGAGUGCCUGCUGUACUACAUCAAAGACGGCAUCACCAGGGUUGGUCGUUUAGACGCCAGCAGCCGUCAGGAUAUAGUCCUCAGUGGUCACUUCAUAAAGGAUGAGCACUGCACCUUCACCAGUUCUACUGGCCCAAUGGGAGAAACAGUUGUCCUUGAGCCCUGUGAAGGGGCUGAGACGUAUGUCAAUGGAAAGAGGGUGACAGAACCCACUGUUCUCAAAUCAGGAAAUCGCAUCAUCCUGGGUAAGAGCCACGUGUUCCGGUUCAACCACCCUGUGCAGGCCAGGGCCGAGAGGGAGAAGAACCCCUGUGCUGAAACCCCUGUGGAGCCUGUGGACUGGGCCUUCGCUCAGAGGGAGCUGCUGGAGAAGCAGGGCAUUGACAUGAAGCAAGAAAUGGAACAGAGGCUGCAGGAGCUGGAGGAUCAGUACCGCAAAGAAAGGGAGGAGGCCAGCAACCUUCUGGAGCAGCAGAGACUGGAUUAUGAAAGCAGACUGGAGGCUCUUCAGAAGCAGGUGGACCGUUAUUACCCAGAAGGCCCUGAAGAAGAGGAGGAACCGGAAGAAGAAGUGCAAUGGACGGAGAGGGAAAGAGAGCUGGCUGUGUGGAGCUUCCGUAAGUGGCGAUGCUACCAGUUCACCUCGCUCCGUGAUCUGUUAUGGGGAAACGCCAUCUUCCUGAAGGAGGCCAACGCGAUCAGCGUCGAACUCAAGAAGAAGGUGCAGUUCCAGUUCGUGUUGCUGACAGACACUCUCUACUCCCCGCUGCCUCCUGACCUGUUGCCCCCCGAGGCAACUGAAGACAGAGAGAAGCGACAUUUCCCACGCACCAUCGUGGCCGUGGAGGUGCAAGACCAGAAGAAUGGAGCAACUCACUAUUGGACAUUGGAAAAACUGAGGCAGCGGCUCGAUCUCAUGAGAGAGAUGUACGAUCGUGCUGCCGACGUGCCCAACAGCACCACCGAGGACUGUGAAAAUGUGAUGACAGGAGGCGACCCGUUUUACGAUCGCUUCCCCUGGUUCCGCCUGGUUGGCAGAAAUCCCAUUUUCAACACAUGCAUGAGCGAGCGCAUGAGUGACCCCACCCCGUCCCCGACCCUUUCCACCUCUGAAAUUACUGAGCUGGCUGACUCGCAGCGGGAGGGUCGAGGGGAGGAGGAGGAGGAGGAUUUGGAGGACCUGGACGAUGAUAUCUUUUUGGACGACCCGAGCUCGGAGCUCGGGGGAGAGGAUGAUGAUGAUGAUGAUGCUGAUGAUGAUGAUGAUGAUGAUGAUGAUGAGAGAGAGCUCUUCCGAGGCUCCGGCGAAGGCCUGGAUCCCUUUUACGACCGCUCACCAUUAUUCAGUGUAGUGGGAAGGGCUUUUGUUUAUCUGAGUAAUCUGCUGUAUCCGGUUCCUCUCGUCCAUCGCGUGGCCAUUGUCAGUGAGAAGGGAGAGGUAAAGGGCUUCCUCAGGGUGGCGGUGCAGGCCAUAUCAGCUGAUGAGGAGGCUCCCGACUACGGCUCCGGAGUGAGGCAGUCGGGCACUGCCAAAAUCUCCUUUGAGGAUCAGCAGUAUGAAAAGUUCCAGUCGGAGUCCUGCUCUGUAGGACUGUCCCGUACCGGGAUUUCUCAGGAGGAGCUUCGCAUCGUGGAGGGAGAAGGGCAGAACACGGAAAUGGGGCCGUCAGCUGAUGAGGUCAACAACAACACAUGUGCGGCUGGCUCAGACGAGGUGGAGAAUCCCCUCAAGGCCGGUCUGGAUGGAACGCUCGAUGCGACUCUGGAACACCUCCGGAUCGGGAAUGUUUUCACCUUCAGAGUGACGGUCCUGCAGGCCUCCAGCAUCUCUGCAGAAUAUGCCGACAUCUUCUGCCAGUUCAAUUUCAUCCACCGCCACGAUGAGGCCUUCUCCACCGAACCGCUGAAAAACACAGGCCGUGGCCCUCCUCUGGGCUUCUACCAUGUGCAGAAUAUUGCUGUCGAGGUUACUAAGUCCUUCGUGGACUACAUCAAGACUCAGCCGAUCGUGUUUGAGGUGUUUGGACACUACCAAAAGCAGCCGUUUCUGCCUCUGUGUAAAGAUGUCAUGAGUCCACUGCGCCCCUGCAGGAGACAGUUUCCCCGGGUGAUGCCUCUCUCCAAACCAGUACCUGCCACCAAGCUGACAGCCGUGACCCGUCCACAGGCAGGACCCUGCCACUGUAAAUACGAUCUCAUGGUUUUCUUCGAGAUCUGCGAGCUGGAGGCGAACGGCGACUACAUCCCUGCCGUGGUGGACCACAGAGGAGGAAUGCCCUGCCAUGGCAUGUUUCUCCUGCACCAGGGCCUCCAGAGGAGGAUCACUGUUACCAUCGUGCAUGAAUCUGGAGGUGACAUAGAAUGGAAGGAAGUCCGUGAGCUUGUUGUGGGACGUCUGCGCAACACCCCCGAAUCUGAUGAGACUCUCAUUGACCCCAAUAUUCUCUCUCUCAACAUUUUAUCUGUGGGGUAUGUCAGGCCCACGCAGGAUGACAGACAGUUUCUUGAUUCGGACAUGCCUAGAACUUUCUUCCGCUUUGAGGCUGCUUGGGAUAGCUCCAUGCACAACUCCCUGCUACUAAACCGAGUCACUCCAUACGGGGAGAAGAUCUAUAUGACCCUCUCAGCCUACUUGGAGAUGGAGAACUGCAUGCAGCCUGCAGUUAUUACCAAAGAUAUCUGUAUGGUGUUUUACACUCGGGACACAAAGCUCUCAGCUUCCCGUUCAAUCCGUAACCUUUUUGGUACGGGUAGCCUAAGAGCUGCAGAUGGAAACCGUGUAACUGGAGUUUAUGAGGUCAGCCUGUGUCACCAGGCAGAUGCGGGAAGUCCUGGAAUGCAGAGGAGACGCAGACGGGUGCUGGACACCUCCGUGGCCUACGUCCGUGGGGAAGAGAACCUGGCUGGAUGGAGGCCACGUAGUGACAGCCUCAUUCUGGACCACCAGUGGGAGCUGGAGAAACUCAGCCUCCUCCAAGAUGUGGAGAAAACCAAACAUUACCUCCUGCUGAGGGAGAAGCUGGAGUCCACGCUGCUCAUGGGCCCGGAGUCCCUUCAGUCCUGUGUCACCGAUGAGCUGAGCGAGUCUCCUCAGCCUGCUGAGAUAGAGCUGGAGGUCGGCUGCACUGAAAUCACCACUGAGAGGCAGCGGGAGCUUGCUGCUAAGUGCUUGCGGCUGCUCACUCACUCCUUCAACAGAGAAUACAGCCAUGUGUGUGUCAGCGCCAGUGAAAGCAAGAUCUCUGAGAUGUCUGUCACAUCGUUAAGAGACUCCACUUCAAUCUCUGCUCUUAACACAAUCACUCCCUCCUCUACAUGCCCUUCACUGGUUGAGGGCUGCUACAGCAAUGCUGAUCUCAGACCACCUGUCCCUCGCUCUCGUGCCGUCAGCCCUGCUCCUGAUGCACCACAGGAUGCAGAGGCCAAGAAGUCCAUCAGUGGAGCCUCUGAAAGCAAACCUCAGACCCGGAAAUUUGUCCCAGAUAUCCAGGAGAUUCGAGUCAGCCCCAUCGUGUCAAAGAAGGGUUACUUACAUUUCCUGGAGCCAAACACCAAUGGAUGGGUGAAGCGCUAUGUUGUUGUGCGGCGGCCGUAUGUCUACAUCUACAACACGGAAAGAGACGCAGUGGAGCGAGCUAUUCUCAACCUGUCCUCUGCCCAGGUGGAGUACAGUGAGGACCAGCAGGCAAUGCUGAAGACCCCAAACACAUUUGCUGUGUGCACAGAGCAUCGUGGAAUAUUGCUUCAAGCCACAAAUGACAAAGAGAUGCAUGACUGGCUGUAUGCUUUCAACCCUCUCCUUGCUGGAACUAUCAGGUCAAAGCUGUCGAGAAGACGAGCCGGACAGAUGAGGAUGUGAAACAAGAACAAAUCUCAUGAGAGAAACACAAAGACUAUGGUGUACAUAGAUCCUUGUUCUUUAUCCUGCUCCUUGUGCUGAGCCCCAUCCCCACCACCACAUUCACCAACAACCAUCCCCACCCCCCACUCCCACCCCCGUACGUUCUCAGUUUAUCACUAGUGUCCUCAGCACCAAAAGCGCCCAUUUCCUGUCAGGCCUUUGCUGCGGUGUGAGUCUCUUAGUCGUCACUGUACUGUACUGGAGUUUGUUCACUGCAGGAUGAGAAAUGGAGGGAGUAGCAACAGUUGGUUCUGUCAGAUUACAUGCGUGUGGUAAUGUACUGUAGUUGUUGUCGGUGACACAUCGAGCCUUAUACAUCCUUAAAAAAAGAGGCAGCGAUGGGCAUGUUAGCCUAAAGCUGCGAGGAUCACGUUGCUACAUUUGCAUCAGUACAGCUAUAUAUAAAGGUCUAAACUGAUUUGCAUACAACAUACAGUUAGAAAAUCGAGCGUGACAGUCACGCGUCUCUCUCUUUAGAAUAUUUCUCUCUUCUUUCUGCUCCAUAAACCCUCUCGUAUCCAGUAAUCGGCCUCAUAUUCCUGAAACUUCUAGAAACCUUAGCACACACAGCCUGACAGACGAAGGGCAUAUCAUCAUAAACUUUAUGUCGCUGUAGUAAAUUCAUGUCGUUUUUUGCUACUUGUAAGAGCACUGAGGGUAUCUACAUUUCCACAAUCAGUAAUCGGAUAUCAUGACUUUAAUUCUCUCAUUUUAAUCUCUACCUGAACUUUAUUUGUUUUAAAAUGUGAUAUAUUUAGAUAUUUAACAGUUUUAUUAUUUAUUUCUGCAUGUAUUUAUUUUAAAAAAUGCAUUUAUAUUUCUAAAGUAGUAGUUCAGUGCAAUUUCUGCACACUGCACUUUUUAAUGAGUUCCUUAAUUGUUUAAAUAAUUCAACCUUUUCCCCUCAAAGUUGAUAUUACUGAUACAAUUUAAUAACUUGCAGCUGCUUUAUGCUGUAAAUUACUUGAAUAAAUAUGAUCCAAUGUUAGAUUAGGACAGUCACACCUUUGAUCCAACUAACAUGCGUCUAAAAUGCCCAGUAAAUUAUUAGGUAGAUAAUAUAAUUUCACCUCAAGGUAGCACAAAGCUGCCUUAUUAAAUCACAAAAUGAUGAAUUCUUCUUCACAGUACAGAUAUGAAGCUGUUUUUUCUGAAUGGUAUGUAUAGUGAAUAAAUGUAGUGCCUCUCUUUUCAGGCAUACUGCACAGCACAGUAUGCCUCUGCACCAGUUGCUUUGAAACUGCAUCCUUCAUGCUGCUAAAAUACUGUUCUGGGAGUGUCUGCAGGUCAUAUCAUCACUUUCCUGCUUCCCAUCAUCAUCAUCAUCAUCGUCACUUCAAGCCCAAGCAGAAGGUUUUAUUUAUGGGGUCAUAAAGUUUGGAAUUUCCAUAACACAAAGCACACUUAAAGAAACGUAUUUCAGUUCUGCACACAUGGCUGUAUUAAAAGGAACCCUGACUCUGGUGACUUGUACCAUUUAUCAUAUUAAAAUUGUUAGCUUAAAUGUGAUCCUAAACAAAUGCACUGUAGAUGUUUUAGUAAUUAAAGCUGUGACCUCAUAGGCUGCAUACGGCUGCAUCAGCCUUAGUUAGAAGCACUGAACACUUACAGACUGCUGAGCUGGCUGAACGGCCAGAUUUUCGCUUCCUCUGUGAACGGGGUCGUGACCUUUGGUUUGCUUUCAGAGUGGCAGCUUUACUGCCAGCAGCAGCUAUUAUUUCCCAUCUUUCAGGCUUCUUUGACUCGCUCUCCCAGAUUUGGACUCGUUGUAUGAACAGACUGUUGGCACAGGGUUUGGUUUUAGUCAUCACUUAUAACCAGCAGCAGCAUUUGUCGGCUCUUUUAGUGCAUCAGAUGCAUCAGUGCUGCAGGUCCUUUCUCUUCCUCUUAGCAGCAGGAGACUAGUUAUCACGUCUCUCGUUUUCUUUCUGCUGGAAGUUACAACCAAAAGCGGCGCAGUGUGACAGUUUACGGUGUGUAUACUGCGGGCCGUUAGAAAGACUUUAUGUCAUCCACACAGAAUGCAUUGCAUACAAAGAGUAAUUGUAGCCUUCAUAUGUAAAAAUAUCUGUUAAACAUUAAGUACUUUUGAAACAACGAGAUGGUGAGGCCCCAUUUGAAAUACUCUGGGUUCCUUUUAAAACAUCGCUGAAAACGGCUCAUGUUCAUGUUUUAGUCCUGUUGGCUAAUCUUUGGGGAAAAUAUGACUAUGCACCUCAUUCAAAAACCCUCAGCAGAUGAAUUUUGUGAGUUGUUGUGUGACGUUAGAUUGAUGAGCGUGCCUCAGGUCAGCCAGCCUACAGAGCACGCUCAGUGAGAGCGGGACAUUUCGUUUGCACAGGGGGACAGCAGCUCAAAGCAUUAGUAUGUUCAAUCUGUUUUUAGUUUUGCUGCUAAUGUAAUCCAUACAGUACCUUCUUCAUUAUGUAGUAAUAAGCAUCGUUACAGAGGUUUUAAAGCAUUUUGCGUGUUGUGGAAGUUCAUCGGCUGUUUUAACCAAUCAAACAACAGGUCAGAGUCUAUUAUAGGCCACCACUGCUUUGUCAUCAUCACUGAGAGAAUACCUUAUCUGUCUCGUCUCAUUUCCUAAAACCAACGAUGGCGUGCCUGGGAUUGCUCCAGUCUGGUCUCCAUGGUGAUCUUUUCCUCGUGUUUUCAUUGGGCCUUUUAAUGUGCAUCACAUUUGAGCCGACCAAAGUUUUGUUGUUGCAGUCACAAAAAUGUCACACUGAAUGUAAACUGAUCUUUGAAAAUACUUAUUCUGCUGAAACGAUCGUUUGAAUCGUCUUCACGUUCCGGUUCCUGACUGAUUGUAGGUAGGUUAUUAUCAGGGAACCUUUUGGAGGCUGUGGGAUGUAUGGGAGGGCGGUGGGUCACUGUGUCCCGGUCAGGCAUUGCGUCAUGUACAGAGCAAUGCUGAUGUUACCUUACUGUCACGUUUUCAGUAUCACCAUCAUGCUCUUGGCAGCCUUCACUAAAUCUACUUUUUUUAAUCCUUUCCCUUUUCAAGGAAUAUCAUUUACAUUUUUGUGCUUCCAUAUCUUUUUCGCACGAUUUUGUUUCUUUCUCUUCAAACAUUUUUUGCAUUGUAUAUAAACACGUUUGCUGUGAACGCUGUACUAUAAAGUUUCACCCAUUUACACACUUAAAUGGGCAGUAGUUCAGUCGAUGUCUGAGUGUUGGAGUUUAGCGUCAGCUGUUUGUGUACACUAAACACAUUGUCAUCUAUUAAAUAAACAUGCAAAAUAUGC